AUGUCUUACGAUUCACCAUCCACAUCGAUACCAAACACAAUACCCCAUCAAUGUUAUUCUGCAUCUACAAAUCCAUCACAUGUCCCAGUGCAAAAUUCAAUACCACAUCAAUACUACACUCCACCUACAAACUCACCACUUGGCCCAACACUGAAUCCAACACCCCACGAAAACUACUCUCCUCCUACAAGUCCACCACAUGGCUCAAUACCCAAUUCAACACCACGCGAACUUUACUUCCCAUCAACAAAUCUCUCGCCACAACACGAACAACACAUCUCUUCCACAAUUUCCUUCCCCGACUCCACACCGCAUGAAUACUACGAUCCAUCUAUGAGUCCCGUGCCGGUUUCUCGUGCCGAACUCCAUUCAUAUCCCGUUUCGUAUCCGAUUUCUUACGCCUGCACGUGA